AUGCUGGUCAAAUAUUUUACUCUUUACCUUUACGCUGUGCUCGUUUUAUUGGCUGAUGCCAGCAAGGCGAUACGCAAAUGUCCUUUGGAAUGUAGCUGCAAUCUGGAUGAAUAUUUACGUUAUCAAACCAUAUGCACCAAAGGUGGUUUGAAUAAAUUUCCUUUCGAGAGCAUAGAUCCUGAGGUCCAGGUAAUUAUCAUCCAAGGCCCACGCAAUUCUGUAACGACUGGUAACUCUUUAAGGAAAUUUCCCAAAUUGGAAGUAAUACGUAUCACCGACUCGAAUGUCCCGGUCAUAGGUGCCGAAUCCUUGUGGGGUUUGCAGCAUUUAAAAAUUCUUGAUUUUUCCAAGAAUAACAUAAGUCUUAUCAUGCAAAAAGAUUUUCGUGGGCAAAAUAAUCUUCUCGAAUUGGAUUUAUCGAAAAAUAAAAUUAUCAAUAUCGCCAGUUCAACGUUUUGCAAUUUAACGGAGCUGCGUCGCUUGAGCUUGGCUGAUAAUUCUAUUGGUGAAUUGGUGCAGCGCAUAUUUUUUAUGCUAAGUAAACUGAAAUAUUUGGAUUUAAGCGGAAAUCCUUUGCAAGAUUUACCACCAGAUGUGUUUCGCGACGUACCACAACUUAAGAUAUUCAAAUGUCGCAAUUGUCAAUUGAAAAAAAUCAAUCCUCAAUUAUACAAUUUAUUGCCACAGCUCGCUGAACUUGAUUUAGGACGAAAUGAGUUCAAAUUUCUCGAUAAGGAUGAAUUUCGUGAUGUCAAGCAUUUAACAAAAGUUCUCCUAGAUGGUAAUCAGUUAUCUGUGGCUGUGGAUGAACUAUUUCGUAUGCAAAAAUCUCUUAAGCAUUUGGAUCUGUCCUAUAAUCGUUUGGCUAAAGUUCCAAACAAUUCAUUUUUAAGUUUGACUAAUUUAACAUUUCUGGAUUUGUCAUAUAACAAAUUGGUGCGUUUAGAGCCACAAUCUGUUCGACGUCUUAACAAUUUAAGGACUUUAAACAUUAGCGGUAAUAUACAUAUGGAUUUGCAUGAAAUUCGCGAAACAUUUGAGCUUUUGCCGCACCUGACACAUCUUUCUAUUGCUGAUAUGGGAGUAUUGCCAGUUGGUUUACUGGUACCAUUUAAAAACUUACGUUACUUAAAUAUAUCUGGCAAUCAUUUGGAUAGCAUGUCCUUACAAGUCAUUGAACCCUGCCAAGAAUUAGAGUUUUUGGAUUUGUCACGCAAUCAAUUGUAUGGCAUCAAUGCAGAGAUUGUGUUAAGAAUUCAGGCAAUACGGAACGUAAGAUUGGAUAAUAAUCCGCUUAUAUGUGAUGAAUGCCAUAUGGGCAGAUUAAUCGAUGUUAUAAGGCAGUUGCAGUGGAAAUGGGAUACAUAUCCUAUAUGUUUUCUGCCAAAAACCCUACGCGGCGCAGAGAUUACCGAUCUGGAUGCAAAUGGCUUAGACUCUUGUUUGGAAUAUAUUACUGACGAAGAACAGAAUGCUGCCAGCACUUCGCACAAUUUUCUUGAAAGAGGUGAUCUCAACACUCUUGCGAUACUGGGUGGAAUUAUCUUGGUUUUAAUCGUAACUAUUAUAAUAUCCUUGGCUCUAUGUUUCUCCAAGCGACGUGCUCGUUACUACACUCGCGAAGACAACUUGAAUAGCAGCGAAGAUAAAUGUUUGGAGAAGAAUUUGGAAGUAAAGGCUACAAUUGUGGCUCAAGGCAAUGGUAAAAUAAACACUUGCAUGACAUUAAGUAAAAGCAAUAAAACACAUGCGUCAACAUUGAGUGGCAACGGUUUGGAGACAUUGGCGGAAGAGCCGCUAAAUGUAGUCACAACGCCAACUACGACGACAAACGGUGGCACUAACGAAAUAAAUUUUAAAUUUCCUAUUGAUGAUCGUGUGUGCACCAUAGAUGAUUUGAUAAUUGUGCCACCCGCACCACCGCCACCUGUUAAAUCAGUCUCAUUAACUCAGCAGGGCAGCGAGUUCACCAAUAUUCGUAACAGCAGCAAUAGCAAUAGCAUUAGCAAUAGUAAUAAUCUUGGUUUAAUGUACUCAACAACACCUCGCAAUUGCGGUAAUACUACAGCCCGAGCUGCUGUGGCAGCUGCGGCCACCCUAAUACCACCGGGUGCACCAUCAGACAUUGGUACACCCAAUUCCUUAACCACAACGCCAUUAACACCCGCGCGUUCACCAUUACCGCCCGAAGCAAUUGUAAUGGUCCUACCAUCACCGACUGCUUUAAUAGAACAACAACAACAACAACAACAACAUAAACAGCAACAGCAACAAAAUCAUCCCACUCAACAACACCAACGACAGCCUCAACAGCAUUUGCUGCAUUUAACCACACUUGAACCUUUGGUAAGCGUCAACUGA